GUCAGUGGACAAAACCUCUGCAGCGUUGAGUCGUCGUUGAGUCUGUACUACAUAUUACGUCGUGACGUUCGAAAAUGUUACUUCAAGUUUUAAUUAAAGGUGCUCUGCGAUACAACCGAUCUCCUGUCUCAAACUUAUGUCGUCAUUAUGCAGCUCAUGUACAGCGUCCGGCUCCUGACUUUUGUGGAACGGCAGUGGUGGAUGGCCAAUUUAAAGAAAUAAAACUGAGAGAUUAUGCUGGCAAAUACUUAGUUCUCUUUUUCUAUCCUUUGGAUUUUACUUUUGUGUGUCCAACUGAGUUAACUGCAUUUUCUGAUCGAAUUGAUGAGUUCAAAAAUGAAGGAGUUGAAGUCGUUGGCGUUUCAACUGAUUCACAUUUCAGUCAUCUCGCUUGGAUAAAUACUCCACGUAAAGUAGGACUAUUUUGUUCUUGACUAGUAAAUUUACCAUAAUUGAUGAAAUUACGAGCGGUUGGUGUGAGCUACUUUAAUGAGUAAUUCUAAUACAGAUUAAUUCAAGCUGGACGUUGAUUUACAUUAGUUCUGAUCAUAGAAUUAAGCUAGUUUAAAGUAUUGUGAAAGAUAUUUGUAUUAGUUUCUUAUGUAUUUCUUUUCACAACAGAUUAUUCUCUUGGGUUCUGAAGGAUAGUAUGUUCCUAAAACACAGUUCAGUCUUUCCAUGCCUAGAGUGUAUUAACUUUCCGAUUAAUUCAUGCAGUAUAUGAUAAACAGUGAUCACAAUGUAAAGUUGUAAGUAAUUCAUCCUAAGGCUAAGACACUAUAUUCAUUUUCUGUACAGUUUGGGAGGACAGACCGACUCAUGGUGAUGACUCAUGAAUUGUAUUCUGUGUAGAAAAAACCCAGGUUGUAUGCGUGUAAAACUCGAAUAGUGUUACACAAAUGAGCUCAUCUUCAGCAAUCAGUUUUAGUUUGUGAUAUAUCCCCGUUACUUGGUUUAUUCAGUCAGUCAGAAACAACGUAGAACUUCGUACGUACGUACAUCAGUUUAUUCAGUGCAUUCUUAACUAGAUCUACAAAUAUCACCUACUGUAAGGUUUUCUAGGUUGUCAUAAUUCCUAUCCAUCCGUGAUUUUUAAAACUGUCUUACUGUUUCUUUUAAUCAGGAAGGUGGUUUAGGCUGUCUACGCUAUCCACUCUUGGCAGACUAUCAAAAACAAAUUACGCGUGAUUAUGGGGUCCUUCAAGAAGAGUUAGGUGUUGCCCUUCGCGGCUUAUUUAUAAUUAAUCCUGAUGGUAUAGUCCGCCAGAUUACUAUUAACGAUCUUCCUGUUGGAAGAUCUGUUGACGAAGUUUUGAGAUUGGUUAGAGCCUUCCAGUUUACAGAUAAACAUGGUGAAGUUUGCCCAGCAGGUUGGCAACCAAAAGGUCCAACAAUAAAGCCAGAUCUGAAAAAGUACAAGGAGUAUUUUCAUAAGGUUAAUUAAAUGUAUCAUUGUUCCCUGUGAAGUCAAAUUUAAACCUGAUACAGACAUGUAUUAAUACACGUUGGUUCAUAUUCAGAAUAUUAUACAUAGUACACUGGUAUUCAUUAUGUAGCAACAGUGUUUACGAACUCAUUUUCUGUUUUCUGUAAUUUUCUUGAUUAUAUCAAAUACAAAUAUUAAGAAGCACCA